AUGAAUGGAUCCCGACAGCAGCAGGCAAUGAUAAAAAGAUUUACAGAAACUGCUCAAACUGAUAGAGGAACAGCAAUAGCUUAUCUUAGUGAAAGUGGUUGGGAUAUAAAUAAUGCGUUGUCAGAUUACUUUAAUCAACAACCAUAUGGAAUGUCAUAUCUUUCACACCAUAUCGGUAAUCAUACUAGAAAUGUAGCAGGAACCGUUGAUGAAAUAUUUAAAAAAUUUUUUGAUAAAGUAGAUGAUUGUGGAAAUAAUCUAGGACCUAAUGGUGUAGCAAAAUUCCUUCAAUACAUGAAUAUAGAUUUUUCUGAUAGGAAAGUUUUAAUAUUAGCUUGGAUGUGUGAAGCUAAAAUUCAAGGUGAAUUUUCUAAAGAAGAAUUGGAGACAGGAAUAUUAAAAUUAGACAUAAGAAAAGUUGAUGAUAUUAGUGGAAGAUUAACACAAUGGGAUAGAAACUUAGAGACAGCUGCAUAUCGUGAACAUUUUAAGAAUCUUUAUGAAUUUACUUAUGAUUAUGCAAACGAUAAACCUGGUAGGAAAUGGUUACCAAUAGAUGUUGCUUCUGCUUACUGGGAAAUUCUUUUUAAAAAUCCACCAACAUUGAUGCCUUUAUGGUUAAAAUUCUUACAAACAACAGAUUCAAAAAAAAUAACCAAAGAUACCUGGAAUCUAGUUCUUGAGUUCAUGAGUACCAUGGAUGAAAGAUUUAAAAAUUAUACAUGUGAAGAUUGUUGGCCCGUUCUCAUUGAUGAGUUUGUUGAGUAUGCAAAAAAUUCUGUAUAA